AUGGCCAACACGGCAACUCCAGAAGAGACCGACACGGACUCAGAUGUGGAGUUCGAAGACGUGCCUCUAGCUGCACCAAGAUCAGCACCGGAUACAGACAACAACGGCACCGCCUCAGUUCACUCGGUGUCUUUCCAAACAGAAACGCCACUAUGGGCUCCGAUACUUUCUCUGCCCGAGCAACGCGCCCAGCCCCUGCAUCCCGGCUCGGCAGAGGAAACUCAAAUGCGUGGUCGAUUGAGCACAGGCAUCGAAAGAAUCACCUACCGUCACAUGAAGUCUGAAAUGGGCAUGGAUGGAAGCGAGACCCGAGCUUCAGAGAAAAGAUUCGAGAACUUCGCCCAGUUGGCACGGGAGGUGGGGCUGUUAGUCGAUUCGUUAUGGGCAUCGGCGACUCCCUCGAUCCAAGUCGAAGGCCUAAUCACUCUUGCUGGGAUCACCGAAAUGGCUCUCCCGACCUACAAAUUCGAUCCUGAGGCUACACUAACCAUCCUGCAUAAAUUUGACUCGAUCUUCGCCGCUCUCUGUACCGGUCAGCACCCGGUUACUAAAGAACUCAUUCCCGGUGCGACGGCAGACCGUCCGCUCGUGACGCAGACGCAGAAGGUUCGGAUCCGUAGCUUAGCGGAGACGACGCGGUACAAGAUCUUUUCUUGUCUUGAGGACUCCAGUUCGAGCAGUUUUUCUGAGCUGAAUGAAAAUGGGAAUGCUGCUUAUGAUGAUGAGCCCCUGGGUGCAGAUCUUCCUAUGCAGCCUUGGUUGAUGGAGGCUGCGAAGGUUUAUGACCAGACUUUGAUGUUGUUGGCGGAUCAGGGUGAAGGUGAUAAUCUAGAUGGGGGAUGUUAUGCGGAUUGA